AUCUUGGCUUGGUACAUUCCACAUCUGUCAUCUGUGACUGUGUGUGUGUUUACAAAAAAUGUUACUAGACUAGUAAAGUUUCAAAGAUAUAAUAAUGUCUAAUUUUUUAUUGUUUUGAAUUAUUUAAACCAUCUUUUUAAUAUAGAUUUGAUUUAUGUACGCAUGUAAUCUUCACAAAAAAUGUGUGUUACCUUGAGGUUAACCUAAAAAUACUUUUAAAGAAUGGAGUUACAGAAUGAAGAAACCAGUAUUCAUUGCAAGAAAGAUAGAAUCGAUGAUGAAUGUGAUGAAGAAGAUAGCUAUCACAACCAAUCAGAAUCUUGCAUCGGUCUAGUCCAGGUUGUCCUAGGAGAAGAAGAAAAUGGAGAUAUUGAACUGUCGACCAGCACCGAUUCAAAGGAACUCGGAGACACGUCAUCGGAGCAUGAUGUCAUCACCGACAGUCGAGGGCUGCAUUCCAUAUUUUCUCCCACACCAACCAAGACCACAGUAAGUGCGCACUUUUCAUGCGUACAUUGCGACCACAUUUGCACGGACGAAGGCGAGCACAGAAUCCACGUCCGCUCGCACAAGGGCGAGAAGCUGUUCAACUGUGAGCUGUGCGAUUACAAGAGUGCGCGACCCACUGACCUGGAUCGGCACCUGAGGACGCAUACAGGGCUCAAGCCUUUCCGCUGCAAGUUUUGCGACUACCAGACGAAACGGUCCGAUGCGCUCAAACUGCAUAUUAGACGGCACACCGGAGAGAAGCCCUAUGUCUGCCAGUUCUGUGACUAUAGGUGUGCCGAUCCGUCAGUGUUCAAGUGUCACAUUAAGAUACACACUAACGACAAGGCGUUUGUUUGUAAGGUUUGCAACUACAGAUGCAUCAGGUCAAACGACUUGAACCGACACAUGAAAACACACACUGGCGAAAAACCAAUCAGCUGUGACCUGUGUGACUUCCGAACCACCCGACCGAACGCGCUGAGAAACCACCUUGCCAGCAAACAUUCGCAGGAAUACAGUUGCGAGUUUUGCGAUUACAAGGGCACGCUGUUCAAAGAGUUGAAACUGCAUCUGGCUACACAUCCCGAUUACAAGCCAUAUGCUUGUGAUGUGUGUCCCUAUAGCUUCUGUUAUAUUUUUAACAUCAUUAACGUCAUUGACCUCCCGAACCUCUUUCUCCUGAUCUCCUUCCAAUGACAUGUGAAAGGGGUGAAUGGAUUUGUCAAGAAAGUAAGUUGAACAAACAACAAACUCAAAUCAGAAACCCCAGAAUUUAGUCAAUUGUAAUGUAAUGCUUGUAUAAAUAAUGAGAGUUAUUCCUUUCUGUGUGUUUCUGUUGGGUUUGACUUUCAGAGAAAUUUCAUUGUUUUGUAUGUUUUCCUGCAAAAAAAU